CACGACAUAGCUGGGUACCUAGGUAGUCUAGUAUUUAAGGAUAGUGUUGUUAUCACUGCUUGAUCUAACCUCCUAGCACUUUUGAGACUCGAACUGGAAAGCUUUUACCGCGCGGGCCCUGGAAACAGCGCAUCCCCGCCCCAUCGUGGUACUCAAGUAUUAUCAACUACAUCUCAACUAUUGCAACUCGUCACGUUACCCAAACAUGCGGUUAUUCCUCGCAAUCUCCCAUGUCGCCCUGGCCAUGGCCUCAUUUCCAUCUCCAAUCUUGCCCCCCUCCCUUCCUUACCUCUUCGCCCCCGACGCCAACCCGUCAUUACCAGACCUCAUGGCCGAGUCUCAGAUCCGCAAUACCCUCGCCACAUACGCCUUCGCCAUCGACUCAAAGAACUUCACCGCCCUUUCCUCCGUCUUCCACUCGGACGCCGUGGCCAACUACUCCGAACCCAUAAAUGUCAUUUCGGGCCUGAUUGAAAUCGUGAACACCCUUGAAAAUUCGCUGGGACUAUUUGCGGGGACGCAACACAAUUAUGGCACGCAGGCAAUCCGGAUUGAUGACGCGGGGUCGUGUGCCAGGGUGGUAACGUAUUAUACUGCAGCUCAUUUUGGGAAAGGGGAGGCCGAGGGCCAGGUAUACCAGUCCUCCCAGAUUUUACCAUGCUCUUGCCUUCUCGUAGUGUUCUGGAGUCACGAGGGUUGUAUAUCAUUGAUGCUGACACCUUUCUGUCCAAGGUGCUCUAUGCACAUGGGCAGUACCAGGAUUUACUCACACUCUCUGGGCAAGGAAGAUGGUUGAUCAAGGAGAGGAACUUGGUCUACAUGGGUCCGUUGGUUGGCAAUUUAUCUGCAUUUACUGGCAGCGGUUGAAUCCGACCGCUUCGUUGAUGCCUUGGCAGAGGACAUCAAUGAUAUGUAUGUACCUAGUAAGAAGCAUACUCAAUGGCCUCCAAUUAAAGCUUUGAGCACCUCAGGCUGUGCGAGGUGCACAUGAGCAGUUCGUGGACCGAGUACAAUGAAAUCUAUCAGCGCGGUCUGUGACGAGCUACGCGUGCUAAUCUUUCGAUGAAGGCUGCCAUGGGAGGACCAAUUAGUAUGGAUUCACCAAAUCACACUGGCAGUUCAGUCUCCCA